CUCUCGCGGGAUUUGUUUAAAAGACAGGUCUCCAUUUCAACGUUGUCCCUGUUUCAUCGUUAGCUGCAAGUAAUCGGCGAAGGAGACAAAGAAACUCUAAAAGUGUUCACCGGUCUUUAUUUCCACAAUGGCAGAAGGAGAAGAUGUGGAUUGGGAGCUUAGCAAAGAAAACAUCCAGCCGCUGAGGCGGGGCAGAGCAAUAUCAGCUUUACAUCAGGCCCUCAGUCAGCAGCAAGAUGGACCCACAUCUGCAAUCAACCAACAGAGACAGGCCUUUGAGUCUGAGCUUCGAAUGUACGAUGGAGACGAUCCACUUCAUGUUUGGGAUUGUUAUGUCAAGUGGACAGAGCAAACCUUCCUUCAGGGUGGAAGAGAAAGCAACCUCGCCACAUUGUUGGAGCGGGCUGUGACCAGAUUCACAGAAGAAUCAAUGUAUCACAACGACCCUCGCUAUGUUGAUCUGUGGAUCAAAUUUGCCGAGAACUGCCCCGAGCCUCUGGAAGUUUACAGGUACAUGCAAGCUAAAGGAAUCGGAUUGACACAGGCGUCCUUCUACAUCGCCUGGUCAGAAGAGUAUGAAAAUCAAGGCAAUUACAGAAAAGCAGACCUGGUUUAUCAAGAAGGUUUCAAGGUGCACACUGAGCCAUCUGAUAAACUCUCCCAGUUCCACAAGGCUUUUCAGGCCCGUGUGUCCCGGCAGGCGUUAUUAAACAUGGAGAAGGACAGUAGUGAUGAGGAGUCAAAACAACCUGAGAGAGUUUCUCUGGCUGUCCUGAAACAUCGAGGGAAGAAAAAGGCCAUCGCUCCUGUCAUAAGAACUGGGGCCGCAAUCAAAAGUGUUUCUGGAGUGCUGCAGUCACACGGUGCCCCUGUUCUUGGCAACGUUUCAAACAGCCGGCUGCUGGUGUUUGAUGAGAACAAAGCUGAAAUUGCUGGUCCGUCAGAACCCAGGUUAGAAUCGUGGGCGGCUCCCCCCACAUCAAGGGCAAAGGAGAAUGAGCAGAGAACUGAGAAAUGGAGUGAUGUAAAGAUGCCCCAGAAAACCACAUUUGGGCAUAAAAUAAUGGCUCCACCACCUGCUAAACCCACUUUCCAACCAUUUGUUGAGGAGUCGGACCAACCUCCAACCAUGACGCCAUGUAAGAUCCACCCGGCGGUGAACACAGUUCUUAUGGCGCGUAAGCCGAGCAAAGGGGAUACUCCCCUGAAACGACUGCAGGACCAUCAGCAGCAGCACAAAGACGCCGAGGCAGGGAAACUCCAGGAGCAGAGCAUGUACUGUAAGGAGCUAUUGCUCAGUGGCGCCACAGAGUUCUGCUUUGAGGAGCUGCGCGCCGAACGCUACUUCAAAAAGAUGUCACAGGAAGCCAGAGGGGAAGACGGUCAGUCUUCUGUCAGUGCUGUAAAUUGAUGCUUUCAAAACGUUUUUAAACAUUAUUUUAACAUUUUUACUUUUUAGGACCACAACGCUGCCCGUGUAUAGUUUGUUGUCCACCUGUAAAUAUUGUUUUUGUUGAAAACAAGACAAGGCGAAAGGUCUUGUACGUGUACACGUUUGUAGGAGUUAACCUGUCCUGCCUCUUGUUUGCUCGCUCAGUUCCCCAAAAUUAAUAAUUGUUUUUUCUACAUCGUGCUGUUCUUCAGAACAGCGUGUUGUUUGCAUGUUUUUGUCUCAUUAAAUGUUUUUUUUUAAUCAGACACCCAAACAUGGGUUAGGGUUCAAGUCUCAGUCUGAGUAAAACCUAAAACAAGUGUUCUUGAUGUCCAAUAAACGUGUUUGAACGUGUGACUGAAAA